AUGAAAGUCGGCCAGCUCUAUGUCUACCCGGUCAAAUCCCUCCGGCCAACAACAAUCACCGAGGGAAUCCUAACCACCCGAGGUUUUCAAUAUGACCGCCAUUUCAUGCUCCUCAAAGUCAUCAUGGCUGAGGAUGGCUCGGGGACUACGACCUUGAAGAAUAUGCAUGUCACGUACUUCCCAGAGAUGACACUCUUCCACACCGACAUUCAAUAUCCGAAGUCAGAAGAGGACAAGGGGAAAUUGAUCGUCACGUACCGUCCUGCACCAUUCUCGGAGUCAGCUUCCGGGUCCGAGGAAAUCAAGCGACUGGAAAUUCCGCUUCAGCCUGACGUAAAGAGCCUCACCCCGUUCCAGAUCACGAUGCACAAGAGCCCGACGACUGGUUACAACAUGGGCGCCGAGAUCAACGACUGGUUCAGCGCCCACUUCGGAUUCCCCGUAGUUCUUGCCUACCUCGGACCAAGUUCAAGAGAAGUCCUAGGCACACUCGCGCCGGCAAAGAAGGGCAAAAAGGCCGCGCUCGGCACAGAGCGGGAAACCUUGAGCUCAGAGAAGAAAUGGGGAGCGAUCUUCCCGGUUCUCAUCGUAGCCACCGCGAUCAGCAUGGCCUCUCAAGGAAGCACUCUUUUCCGCCACGGGAUAGCAUCCGAAGCAGCUCGCAGUCUCGCGCCCGCGCUUCUUCUCACCACUGGCACCUUCGUGGCGCUGCUAUACUACUAUGCCAGUCUGCAGGCACCGCAUGAAGACCGCAUUACGUUUGCCGACUGCGCGCCUUACCUCGUCAUCUCCGAGAAGUCCGUAGAGAAUGUCUCGGCGCGGCUGCCUGACGGCGAAGAAAUGGACCGCACCAAGUUCCGACCGAACAUUGUUAUCACGGGUGCCGAGGAGGCAUUCGAAGAGGACUUUUGGAGUGCGCUUACUGUACGCGCUGAAUCGGGGCGUGAGUCGGCUAAACUGUUGCUCACGGGUAAUUGUGUGCGCUGUGCGAGUCUCAAUGUUGAUUUCGAGACUGGCAAGAUGGGGACUGGUGAGGCUGGAACUGUGCUGAAGAAGUUGAUGAAGGAUCGCAGGGUAGAUGCCGGGGCAAAGUUUAGUCCUGUCUUCGGUAGGUAUUCGUUUUUGGAGCCGAAGAGUGAUGGAGUUACUCUCAGAGUCGGGGAUGAGGUUACGGUCUCUGAGCGAGGGAAGGACAGGACUACAUUUGGUGAGUUUCUUCUUGGUUGGGAUAUUGAGGGAUCGAUGGCUAACUCGAGUGUUCUAGAUUGGCCCGGCUUGACCAAUUGA